GGCCAAACAGAAUAUUGCUCUUCACAGUUGCCUGUUGGAUCCAGGCCUCCUGGGAUAGCAUAGAACAGUACAUCACACGGUACAUAGAAGGUCUACCUGUGUGCAUUACCUGAGUCACCAAUCCAAACCCAUCAACGAGAUUGUCUAUGAACACCUACAGAGGAUGGAAGUCUGAUCAUCUCAGCAGUGAUGGCUGCCAGCAGGGAGCUCUUUCCAGACCCCACCCGGCCUGUCACCCCUACCAACUUGCCCUGAGGAUCACAGUC